GCGAAGCAUGCACAUGCAGGAGACACCGGACAGCCUUUUGUCUUUAAAUUACCUGCUUUGGUUUAAUAUCUGUAAAUAAAAGCGACACACACACACUUAAAAAAAACACAGCAGGUUGAAAGGCGGGACUUCCUUCCGGCUGUUUAUCUCAGUGUGCAGCGCAGCGCGAGCCAGUGCAGGAUCAGAUAACAAGGUUGACUCGUCACACACCACACUAUGCUGGGCCGCUUGCUGCGAGGAGGCUGCAGUCCUCUGGUCUGCCUGUGGGCCCUGUUGCUGCCUCUGGCCUCCCUUCAUCGAUUGAACCAACAUGGGCGCAGGAGCCACAGCGUGAGGGACCGGCCCAAACUGUUGUUAUUGUCUUUUGAUGGCUUCCGCUGGGAUUACAUUGACCGGGUCCCGAUGCCAAACUUCCGCAACCUCAUUGAUAACGGCGUGAUUGUGGAGCAUGUAGAAAACGCUUACAUCACCAAAACCUUUCCCAACCACUACAGCAUGGUGACGGGGCUGUACGCCGAGACGCAUGGCAUCGUGGCCAACGAGAUGUACGACCCUGUUCUGAACCGGUCCUUCUCCAUGGAGACGGACAGCAUUUACGAGUCAAAGUGGUGGGAGGAGGCCGUGCCUCUCUGGGUGACCAUCCAGAAAGCUGGAGGACGGAGCGGGGCAGCAAUGUGGCCAGGGUCUGAUGUGAAGAUCCAUGGCAUGUACCCCAAUAAGUACCUCCCGUACAAUGCCUCAGUCUCCUUUGAAACCAGAGUGGAGCGGAUUAUUGAGUGGUUCUCCGCACCCAAAGACGCAGCAGUGGAUUUUGGAGUUCUGUACUGGGAGGAGCCAGAUGAGAGCGGGCACAAACUGGGACCUCAGAGUUCAGACAUGGAUGAAAUCAUUGCAGGGAUUGAUGAGAAGCUCGGCUUUCUAAUGAACGAGCUAAAGAAGGCAGGGCUGUAUGAGAAAGUGAACCUGAUAGUGACCAGUGACCAUGGGAUGGCGCAACUUUCCCCUGAUAAUAUCAUAGAACUGGACGAGUAUGUGAGCAGAGACCUGUACACGUGGGUGGACAAGAGUCCGGUGGUGGGAAUACUGCCCAAAGAAGGAAAGCUUGACGAGGUAUACAAUAAGCUGGUGGAUGCAAACCCGAACAUGUUGGUGUACAAGAAGGAAGACAUUCCCGACCACUUCCAUUAUCAACACAACGUCAGGAUCAUGCCCAUCAUCAUAGCUUCCAUUGAGGGCUGGACCGUGGUGCAGAACAGGAGUGUGCCCUUCAUGCUUGGAAACCAUGGCUAUGACAACACCUUGCGUAGCAUGCAGCCUCUGUUCGUGGCUCAUGGGCCCGCCUUUCGGCAGAAUUACGUCAAGUCCUACAUGCGCUCUGUUGACCUUUACCCCCUCAUGUGCCACAUCCUGGCUAUCCACCCUCUACCAAACAACGGCUCCCUCCUUAACGUUCAGGACAUGCUGUCUGUAGAGCCAACUACCCCCACGCCCAGCGUCCCUCCCAGGGUCGUCGGGUACUCUUAUGCCCCCGUCGUGGGUUCCUUCCUUGGUGUGGUGAUGGUGGUGUGCUUUCUGGUGGUCUACAUCAGACAAGUGACGCUUAAACAGCUACCCUCACUAAAACACAGAAGCAGGGAGAUGUCACAGCCCUUACUGCAAGAGGACUUGCACCUGUAGCUGAAGAAACAGAAACGAUGGCAGACGUAAAAGAAGAGGAGGUGUUGCUCCCCAAGGUAGUCCGCUCUGUCCAGAAGCAUCCCCUAAUGCCUCCCUUAUACGACUGAAUGCCAUUGUGCUGCUCUUUUUGUUAGUUGGAGAUUAAGGGAAUGUAAUCUAAUCGUGCAUAGAGGUACAUCCCAAUUGCUUGAGUGUAAGGGAAAUGUCUGGGGUUUGCUUCUGGUGCAGGCUUAAUCAAGAUAAUAAACCUUUACAUGGGCUUUAUAGUGGCUUUGCUUUGAUUGUGAAUUUUACCUAAUAUCAUCUCAUUCUCAUCAUCACUUAAUAAGUAAAAAUGGAAAGCCAAGAGUGGAAUUUGAGCCUGUGAUUAUGGCAAGUAUGAACCUUUGGUGGCCAAAACCGGGACUUAUUAGCAUUAAGGUGUCAGUAUAACCGAUUAAAAAACAUAUUUGUCUGAAGUGUUCAUAUCUGAAAAGCCUCGGUCAAAGGUGGGAUGAGUGAGGGUCAAGGAGCUGAAAAGCAUGCACUUUGAGACGAUCUUUCCACAAUGGCAUUCAUAGUUUUGCGCUUGUUUGCACAUAGGAAAACAGAAGUAAUGAAGUGUGAAGAAUAAUAAAAGCUAGCUUGACGGAGCAGGCUUGCUUACGUUCUCCCCUGAAGUGGACAUGUAGAAAUAGAAUAAGAGUAGAACAGACAUUCCCAUUCAAAUUAGCAUAGCAGGAUGGUCAAAGCGGCAGCAUUUUUUAUUGUUAGCCGCUACUGUUGUAGCUUAACUUUUUCAUUCUAUCAUAUCAUUCUGUGUCUUCCCAGUAGGGUUCCUUAUGUAUUCAAAUCCAAACAUUCACAAUUUGUUCGAAGUAUGUAUGUUUUUGGGUCAAAAUGCUUUUUUCCCAAGCACUUCUGAAAAAUUUUUUCCACAUGGCCUUAAGUAGGUUUCUGGAUGACGACGUUGACUAGCCAAACAUGCCACCUUGGUCAUUCCACCAUGCUUCAAUGCUACACUAGUUACAGAAAAUGAGCCCAACAGCUGGUGGUCUAACCUCACUCCAGACUGAAAGCAAACUACUUUCCAGAGAAAAGACCAUACAACAGCUCCGGAGAUGGACAGGCUAGCUAGCUAGCUAGCCAGCCGUCUGUCUCCAGAGCUGUCAGCACACUUUACGGUACCAUCGCCAAUUUUCUUUUGAACUAGUCAAAUGACCACUGUUCUACUCUCUUUCUAUCUCUAUAAAUGGAAGUGAUGUGGAAUUAUAAGUUUCUGGAAAGUUAGUGUCACUGUAUCCAAAGUCCGCCAGCUUUGGGCUAAAAUUUCAAAAUUUCACAUUAACUACUAAUAUAGAUGAUCACGUUAUAUUUUCAAUUAAUUAAGUAGUGUGAAACAGAUUCUAACUUCUUAUCUUUCAAACUGUAUAUCGUUUUAACCAUGUACAUUAACCUUAGGUUUACCAGAGUGGACAAAAGGGCGCUAGUGCCGGUGAAUUGUCACAGAAUCUUUGUCACAGAUCACUUCCAUCCCCUCGAUGUAAAACAAUGGCCGCUGGGGAAAUUGGAUGUUUCUGGGUAAGCCAAAUAAAUAUCACCUUUAUCAACCGUCGUUAUCAACACACCCGGACUGUACUUCUGUCCUUCGCAAAUAAAAUACAGUAAAGUGAAAAUACAGACAGACAUUUUAAGAUUAUCAUCCAAACGUUGUUAUUGCUUUCUCUCAUCAGAGUUACCUUCGUAUUGGAAUUAGACAUGUCAAUCACCAUAUACAUGAAUUAAAUUUCACACGUAGAAAUCAGUUCUACCUACACUGGUGGUGUCAGUCUUAUUCAAAAUGACGGAAAGUGAGACAUUGCUGAUGUGACCAAAACUAACAAACGUUGUAAAGUUACUGUACAGUAAUUGUUACACAGAGCAGUUCAAAUGCUUUUCAACAAUCCAAAAAGCACUUUGUUUGAAACAUACUGACAUCUUUACUCCUUGACAUUAACAGUGAUAUGGCUGACAGGAGAUUUAGUUUUAUUUGGCACUUUCAAAUCUAUAAAGAACAGAUUUGUAUGUCAUAAAAUAGAGAAGGAACUAUGCCUUGUCAGAUUUUUGCCACCAAUUGUUCUACUUGUGGUUGAAGCACUGAAUUAGCAGUUACUUUGAAAUACAAAUGCUGUGAUCAAUCAGAAAAGUAUUUAAAAACUCAGCAGGAGCUUGGCUGGGGUCAGUGUUAUUUUUGAAUGUGAGUUGGAAACAGAUGUUCCUCUAAAAGCUCACUCAGUGUGCCAGGCUACUGCUCAUAGGUGUAGGUCAUCCCAUGAUAACACCACGACUUUGCUCUUUAGUAGUCACUUACCAUUUGCCUUUUAACUUAACGGAGAACAUCUCUCUAAGGUGUGCAAUCGUUUGUGUGUCAGUCUGUUUUUUUUCGUAGAGUUUGUGUUUGGAGGGCAUUUUUCUGUGUAGAUGACUGUGUACUACCCUCCUGUUCAUAUGUCAUAACCAUGGCCAUUUGUUGGUGAAAUGUGAAGUGCAAUUGCUAUUGGUCAGUAUUUCGUCAUAAGGAUUUUAAGGGUUUUGUUGUUGCUUGGUUGAGAAGACUAUUCGGCAUGACUUGCAAGAACUGUUCCCCUGAUUUGCACUAAAGGAUAGAAAUGAAACAGAACGAAGGGGCAGUAGUUGGACGCUUUUUAAGUCAUGUAUAAUUUGCACUUCUUGUUCGUAGUUGCUAUUAGAAUUAAUAAAAAAUACAAGUAAGGUGCCUCUUGCCAAAAAGCUUUUUAAUUAGAAUAAUCAUAGAAGUAGAAUCCAAAUCCGCAAAUAAAUUACUCAAAUAUUUUUUCAGCAUCUUUUAAGAAACAAUUGGUUCAAUUUUCAACUUAUGCUUUUAGAUGCAUUGACUAAUACCUGUGCCCAAAAAUUAUGACAGACAUCACUGUGAUAUAUACUUUUUACGAAAUUUAAAUUAAUAAAUUAAAAGCAUUUAUAUGAAAAUUGUUAAUUUUCUGAUAAUGGUCUUGUUUUAUGAAUAACAAGUGUUGUCUGAUAAUUUUCCCCUGACUUGUUGACAGAGAAAUUAAAUGUAUCCAGAAUAUAUUUAAAUAAUUAAUUUGAAUUGUUAGAAAAUAAUAAAUAUUAGAUCAGGUUUAUCUCAGUUUAUUAACUUGGAUUUGAAAUAUGGAUAUUUAAUAUGAUUUACAAAUUAACUAUCUUUGCCAUGUUGAUGCAAUUAAAGAGUCUUCUAAAAAAAUAAAAGGGACUUAUGUGAAACUGA